UUUAUAUUAUUGAUGUUGAUUUUGGCUUAUUUCUUCACUGUUAUAGCUCCUGUAAGUGAAGAUAGUUACCAAUAUCUUUUUGCUUUAAAAAAAGUUAGGAUGGAAUGGCGAAGACUACAGCGUCUAUGUAUCCGUUGGUGGAGGACUAGCUGUUCUUGGAACCUUUAUUGGCACAACAAUCUUCAGUAAAAUAUUGAAAAUCUCGGACUCCAUAAUUGGCAUGUGGUCUUCUAUCUUUGUCACUGCGUCUCACUUCGUAUUUGCUUUUUCAAUUAAUUCCUGGAUGUUUUAUCUUGGCAAUGUGUUUGAUAUGUUUGCUUCGUUACGAGUUAUUCCCAUUAAAUCAAUUGGAUCCACUAUAGUUGCUGACGAUGAGCUAAGCAAAAUGUUCUCAUUCUUUGGCAUUUGUGAACCAAUUGCAGGAUUCAUAUUUGCGCCCAUCUACAGCUUGAUUUACACGUCAACCAUCGAUUCUUUUCCGGGUACCUUUUUUUUGUUCAGCAAUAUCUUUAUUGCUCCCAACAUACUUGUUUUUAUUGUCAUCUACGUUGCAAUGCGUCGUCGCCCAGUGAAAGAUACUUCGAUGGAGUUGGCUCAGAAGAACGGACAAGAAAAUUCCGGACUCGAGAUAACACAUAUGUGAUUCCUAAAAUCUUAUAAACAUAUUUUUCAAGAAUGUCUAAGUUUAGAUUUGCGUCUAUAUAUAAAUACAGAAAUACAUAAGACAGUUGAUAGAUUGUUAAUUUUGUGUUCGACAAGUUAAUGCCGCUUAAGGUGCUGGGCAGAAGAAAUCACGAAAUUCCCAACGCCCAUAAAUGGCAAGACAAGUUUGAUGACUUGAAGAGUGCAAAGAUAUACUGCUAAUUGAACAUCUUCAGAAUGAAAGUAAGCAUACUCGACUCGCUUUUACCCUGUAUGAAAUGGCACAAUAUAAAUUAUGAUCUUUUAAACUAGA